AUGCCGGGCAGCUUGGGCACAGUGCCCCGGGCCCUGCUCCUGCUCCUCCUCGCCCCUGGCUGGGUAGAACCACAGGCCUGCAUGUUCCCAUGCCAGUGUCCCUCCCAAGCUCUGCCGUGCCCUGCGGGUACCAGCCACGUGUGGGAUGCCUGUGGCUGCUGCAAGGUGUGUGCCCAGCAGCUGGGCGAGCUCUGCUCCUUGCACAGGCCCUGUGACCAUCACAAGGGACUCUACUGUGACUUCUCAAAAAUCCACAGAGGCAGUGGGAUCUGCUUAGCUCGUGAGGGUGCGACGUGUGACCUGCUGGGCAAGAUCUACCUCAACGGGGAGAGCUUCCAGCCCACGUGCAAGCUGCAGUGCAUCUGCAUGGCCGGGGCCAUCGGCUGCGUCCCGCUCUGCGCCGACGACCUGCGCCUGCCGUCCCCAGAGUGCCCUGCGCCCCGCAGGGUGAAGUUCCACAACAAGUGCUGUGAGGAGUGGGUGUGUGAGGAGGGCAGCGAGGAUAACCGCUUAGGAACAGCCACGGCAGUUUUCAGGAAGGAUCCAGCUCACAGGCCAGAGCUGAACAACCUGCAGGAGAACUGCCUGGUGCAGACCACAGAAUGGAGCACGUGCUCCCGGAGCUGCGGAAUGGGCAUCUCCACCCGUGUGACCAACAACAACCCCCAGUGCCGCCUGGAGAAGGAGACUCGGCUCUGCAUGGUCCGGCCCUGCGACUUCUCCAUGGAGAAAACCAAGAAGGGGAAGAAGUGCGUGCGAACCCCAAAGCAGCGCCAGAGCCUCCACUUUGAGUUUUCAGGAUGCACCAGCACGCGCUCCUACCGGCCGCGGUUCUGCGGCAGCUGCUCGGAUGGGCGCUGCUGCACCCCGUUCCUGACCAGCACCCUGGACGUGGAGUUCCGCUGCCCCGAGGGGGACUUCUUCCAGAGGAAAAUGAUGUUCAUCAAGAGGUGCUCCUGCCACUACGACUGUCCCCGAGACAAUGACAUCUUCCUGGCCACGUAUCACCGUUGGAUGAUCGGAGACCACGUCAAGAUUGAGCAGCAAUAGCCCUGUCUUGCCAGAUCUGAGGUGUGCAGGAAGGCUCUGGAGUGCUUUCAUGGCUGUGUCCUGGCCAAUGCAGCCUCUCCCCCUUCUGUGAGGGGCUGUGCUUUCCACAGCAGCACCAUUCACACCAGCGGUCCCUGUGGUUUUCCCAAUGAGCCAAGGGAGGAGCCGCAGCUGCUCCAGCCCCCUGACCCCCAUGCACAGUGUGCAAAGUCAGUGAAGGAACCAGAAACAGGCUUGAGCUGCAAACUUGAUCUGUGUUCCUGCUGGCCAGAAGAGAGAGUGGUUCAAGAUCAUGUGGCUCCCGCCUGUCUCCAGCCCAGAGCACAGUUCCUGAUUCAGACCCCAAGAAUUCUUCCAGCAUUAAAGGGAGUAGACCAGGCUGCCAGACCAAGGUGUGUCCCCUGAAGGUGCUGCUCCGAGCAGCUUUUAGUGCCUUGAUGAACAUUUCAUGGAACCAUGGAGUGGUUUGGGUUGAAAGGCUCUUUAAAGCUCAUCUUGUUUCAACCCCCUGUCAUGGAUAGGGACACCUUCCACUAACCCAGGCUGCCCCAAGCCCCGUACAACCUGGCCUUGGACACUUCCAGGGAUGGGGCAGCCACAGCUUCUCUGGGCAACCUGUGGCAGGGCCUCACCAGCCUCACAGGGAGGAAUUUCUUCCUAAUCUUGUCAGAAAUGGCUCUGGGGUGGGAGAGGGACUGGGCCACACAAGCUUACACAUGCACAGUGAGGCUGCAACUGUUUCAGCUCUGGAGUCUUUGCUCUGGAUGUUUGUAAGUAGGAGGAACACUUUUCAGCUCCAGUCUCCCUGGCCAUUUUAAAGUACUGGCAAGAGAAAUCCUCCUAUUUGUAAAUGGAGCAGAUCCCAUCUGGAGUUACUAGGGCAGUGCCAUGGGGAGCUGUUGGCACCGGUAUCACCAGCAGUGGGAUUUCCUCCUGGCCACAGACUUGGCAGAGUCUCUCUGCCCCGAGAGGACCCCAUUGCCAGCCCAUAGCUCCAGGAAAGGCCUCCAGCAGCCAGUGCCAGUGGUGUGUCCAGCAGCGCCUUGGCAGCUUUGUGGGACUGCUAAGGUCUUGUGAGGUGUGGAAAACCUUCUGAUUAUUAGCAGAAAUAUCCAGGUACAGCACCUGAUGCUGGUUCUUAAGUCAUCCUUGCCUAUGACCAUUGGAAAUCAUGAAGAAUUUCUCUUCCGGCCAGGCAGGAGCAAGACUUCACCUCACCAUAUCUUCCUACCCCAAAUUAGAGCCUGGUGCUAAGGGACAUUCCUAGCUGUCCCCAACUGCUGCCCUGAAUUUCCAGGCUGCUGACACACCAGCUCAGGGCCCAUGUUCCAUCCCAGCCUCUGUUCUUUCUCUCAGCCUGCAGCAGCUCAUGAAUCCUCACCCUCCUGUAAUCAAUUUGAACUGUAAAUAAUUUAUCUGAUAUUGUUUCUAAGGCCUUU